UGUUACUGUUGUCACAACAGUGUUCCCGUUGUUACAACAGAGUUAACGUUCUAACAGUGUUACCGUUGUUUCAGACAUGACGGCUCACCCUACAAGACGCCCAUCUCGCCGCCCCAUGGCCUCGCGGGCGGGCGCGGGCGGGUACCCGGCCUACCCCGGGGCUGGCGACGCCCACGUGGGCGGCGGAGGGGGCGGCGGAGGCGGUGUGGGCGGCCGCUACAUGCAACAACCGCCCUUCGUGCCCUAUCCAAGAGAAACCCAUUAUGGCCGCCCAGCGGCCGACGAACUGGGCUGUGGUUCGUACGUCAGCUUGCGUGCCACCAGCAGUAACAGCCUGGUUGUUCUAACCCUGAUCCACCAUGAGGCCUGGUCUCAGACUGGGCCACAGAGGCAUUGACCCCCCAAAACCCUUUCCAGGUAAACUGCAAGUAAACCUUCUGGAACGGAUUACAGCCAAUAACUGAAGGUCCACUGUAGUAGGCUGUACAGAAACAAAGGAUUUUUCUCUUAUGUUGCUGCAGCACUGUUUUGCAUAUUAGUGCCACCUUUAGAGGCUCUGUGGUGCCACUCCCUAAAUGGUGUCACCCGGGGUGCCCCCCCCCCCUUCCUUACGACACCACUGCCAGUGGGUCUGAUAUGCUUUCACAAAUGCACUAAUAUUAUUUACACCAUUUUUACAAUAAUGCAGUAGUCUGCAUACCAGUAAAUCUUCUAUUUUUUGUGUGAAUAAAAAUUCAAAAUGAUAAGCAAGUGUAAUAUAAGAGGGACCAGGAGAUGUGACUAAUGAACAGAGAAAAUGUUAUUUUAGUGCCAGGAAUGUCUGCACUAUUUAUUCUGGACCCUGUUUUGAAAUUGACCUUACUUGAAUUGUGUGUGAAAUUGACCAAAUUACCAAUUCUGAUCACUAUAUUGGGUAGUUUAAAUCAGUAAAUGGGCAGUUUAUUGUACACAAUUGACAAAACAAAUGGAGCUCUAGUGUAAUAGCUAUGAGUUUGGUUAACUGGAACAGUGGAAUUGCCUGAAAAUAGGGCUCAAAGUGGGCAAUAUCGGCGAUGUGCAAAUAUUGCCCAGAGUACUAACUUUGCGAGAGAGUAAUUCGGUAAGUUUUCCACCUUUUUUUUUUUUUUUG